AUACAGUGCAGAGUCACUACUGAGGAUCCAGCGAAAAACUUCCAACCGGAUACCGGAAGAAUAGAAGUAUUCAGAUCUGGAGAAGGUAUGGGAAUCAGAUUGGACGGAGCCUCGGCGUUUGCUGGUGCGAUUAUCUCGCCAUACUAUGACUCUCUUCUGGUCAAGGUAAUAGCUCAUGCGGCAGAUCUGCAAUCGUCUUGUGCAAAGAUGAACCGAGCGUUGCGAGAGUUCCGAGUCCGCGGGGUGAAGACGAACAUCCCCUUCCUAUUGAACGUCCUUGAAAACCAGAAAUUCUUAAACGGGAACGUGGACACGUAUUUCAUCGACGAGAACCCGCAACUGUUCCAGUUUCAGCCUAGCCAGAACCGUGCACAGAAACUGUUGAAUUAUUUAGGAUCAGUUUUGGUGAAUGGGCCUAGUACACCCUUGGCGACGAAUUUGAAACCGGCUGAGAUUAGGCCCCACAUUCCGCAGAUCGCUUUAGGUGUAAUGGAACCUCCAAAAGGCUUCCGGCAUAUUUACAAAGAGAAGGGACCGGAAGCGUUCGCGAAAGCAGUGCGAGAGCACAAAGGGCUACUGUUAAUGGACACCACUUUCAGAGACGCCCAUCAAUCGCUGUUAGCUACUCGUGUCAGGUCUCACGAUCUCCUCAUGAUCUCUCCGUUCGUCGCGCAUAAAUUCAACAACCUCUACUCCCUGGAAAACUGGGGCGGUGCCACCUUCGACGUCGCUCUACGAUUCCUCCACGAGUGUCCCUGGGAAAGAUUAGAAGACAUGAGGAAGAUCAUACCGAAUAUUCCCUUCCAAAUGCUUCUCAGGGGAGCGAACGCUGUUGGAUAUACCAAUUAUCCAGACAACGUGGUUUUCAAGUUUUGCGAACUGGCUGUGCAAACGGGAAUGGACAUCUUCAGGGUCUUCGAUUCGCUCAACUAUUUACCUAAUCUAAUUCUUGGGAUGGACGCAGCCGGAAAAGCCGGAGGAAUAGUAGAAGCUGCAAUUUCGUAUACAGGCGACGUCAGCGACCCGACGAAAAAGAAAUACGACUUGAAAUACUAUACGAACUUGGCUGAUGAAUUAGUAAAAGCCGGCACCCACGUUCUCUCUAUAAAAGACAUGGCGGGUCUUCUGAAGCCGAAGGCAGCUCGAAUGCUGAUCGACGCUAUCAGACAGAAGCACCCAGACGUUCCUAUUCACGUUCAUACUCACGAUACAGCUGGAGCUGGAGUUGCCUCUAUGCUGGCUUGUGCCGAGAGCGGUGCUGAUGUCGUGGACGUGGCUGUGGACAGUAUGUCAGGGAUGACCAGUCAACCCUCUAUGGGAGCCGUCGUUGCUUCCUUAAUUGGUACUCCGUACGAUACGAAACUGGAUCUGAACGACGUGUCCGAGUACUCGGCGUACUGGGAACAGACGAGGACUUUGUACGCUCCAUUCGAAUGCACGACUACAAUGAAAUCUGGUAACGCGGACGUUUACCUGAACGAAAUUCCUGGUGGACAGUACACCAACUUACAGUUCCAAGCGUAUUCACUCGGUCUGGGCGAGUUCUUCGAGGACGUGAAGAAAGCUUACAGACAUGCGAAUUUAUUGCUAGGGGAUAUCAUUAAAGUCACGCCCAGCUCGAAAGUCGUGGGUGAUCUGGCGCAGUUCAUGGUUCAGAAUAAACUUUCUGCGGAUGAUGUGCUGAACAAGGCCGAAGAAUUAUCAUUUCCUAAGUCUGUAGUCGAGUUCCUACAAGGUGCUAUCGGAGAACCUUAUGGAGGGUUCCCUGAGCCUCUUAGAUCGAAGGUGCUGAAGGAUAUGCCGAGAGUGAGAGGAAGGCCCGGUGCCACUUUGCCGCCUUUGGACUUCAACGCUCUUAAAACUGAACUGCAAGAAUCUCACCCACACGUCACGAACAGGGACGUGAUGUCAGCUGCCCUUUACCCUCAAGUGACCAACGACUACUUGAACUUCAGGGACCAGUACGGUCCCGUCGACAAACUAGAAACCAGGAUAUUUUUGACUGGUCCCAAAGUCGGAGAAGAGUUCGACGUGACUAUUGAAAAAGGGAAAACGUUGGGUAUCAAGACUCUGGCGGUCGCUGAAGAUUUAACUAAGAAUGGCGAGAGAGAGGUGUUCUUCGAAAUGAAUGGUCAACUCAGGUCUGUCUUUAUCAAAGACAAAGAAGCUGUUAAGGAGCUGCACGUUCACCCGAAAGCAGCAAAGAGUGACAAGAACCAGGUGGGAGCACCGAUGCCGGGUACGGUAAUCGAUAUAAGGGUGAAAGUGGGCGACACGGUAGAGAAAGGAGCUCCGUUGGUUGUUCUAUCGGCCAUGAAGAUGGAAAUGGUUGUUCAAGCACCUAAAGCUGGCAAAAUAAAGACGCUGGACGUCAAUCAGGGUAUGAGAUUAGAGGGUGACGAUCUACUAUUAACUAUCGAGUAAAUACUGGCCGAUAGCAGUUCGAUUUUUAUCAUUUAUCAAACAUAGUAAAUGACGUCCAAUAAUGAUUGAUCUGUCAUUCAACGUCGAACUUUCAUUCAGUCCAUCAUUUUGCACAUAGUCAUUUAAUUGAACGCUGCAAUCUUGAACUUUAAGAUGAAACCAUUGUUUCGUUGAUACGCGAAUCAAUCUGCCGAUUAUUUUUAAUUUAGAAAUUUAAUAAACACGCAACGAGAAUUGAAUACAAUGCUGCCCCUCUGCCCUAGUGUUCAUAGUCAAUUGUUAUUAUUAUAAAUAAUUAAAUACAGUAAACGAAAGAAAGGCCUACAAACGAGCACUGCUGUUAACGAAUCAACAAAAUUCUAAAGUCAGUUAAAUUAAUAAUCCCUAAUCGAUGAAGUUUAAUAAGAUUUAAGGGGAAUAUUGUACAAAAGUCCUGUCGGUUGCUGUUUAACAUUGCCCUGAAUAUUUAAAUGGGAGAGAGAAAUUUAGCCAGUUAAGGAGAAAUUGUAAUUGUACAUAAUAGCAAGUGUAUAGUGUACGUAAAUGUUUGUAAAGAAGAAAAGUCGAUUUUAAUUUGAAAAUGAAUUUUAUAUGAUUAUUGUAUUUAAAUUAAACACGAAUCAAUUAGGUGUAAAUCGUAGCUUCGAAUGAAAUUAUGUAAUAAUCGAACAAUGUGUUUUGAUAAAACAAAAAAUCAGAAUGCCAA